AUGCAAUAAAGUUCAUCCAUCUCUACAAAAUAAGCUGAAUAGGAUAACCUAAUUCUAGCUAUUUCAAUGAUUGGAUCUUAUAUACGAUAACCCACAGAUCAUAGUUCACCAGAAAACCGUUUGCUUUUUUUGGCUUAUUCAAAUGACUUGGAACAAUUUUCAGAUUUGUUAAGAUCAAGACCACUUGAUCUAUCAGUUAUCUAGAAUUUCGAAGGUUAUACUGUUCUACAUUAUGCUUGUUACAAUAAUAGUUAUCAGAUGUGUGAAAUAAUAAUAAACUAUUAAGAAAGAAGAGAGAACAACCCAUUAAAUAUGGAGAAAUUUAUCAAUUCUGUCGCUAUUGAUAAAUUUACUCCUCUGCACUUUGCUGCUUAACGAGGAAAUCUACAGAUUUUGAAUCUUUUAAAAUUAAAAGGAGCCGACUUAAAAGCUACAAGUUAAUAAGGUUUAAAUAUAAUGCAUGUUGGUGCAUAAGGAAAUCAACCCAAUAGCAUUGUAUUUGCUCUUGCUAAUGGAAUUAAAUUAGUUGAUUUUGAUAUAAAUGGAGGCACCGCCUUGCAUUGGGCAUGCCUUAAAGGUUGUGAGGACUCUGCUAAUUACUUGCUACCAUUAAUAGAAUAAAAAAAACCGUAUUUUCCACUAAACUCUCUAGAUUCUCAUCAAUACACACCUUUACAUUUGGCUGUUCAUAGUGGAAAUACUAAAUUAGUUAAGAAAUUGUUAUUUUAUGGGGCUGAUAAGAAAAUAAAAGGAUAUGAGAAUAAAACUCCUGCUAAUAUGGCUGAGGAGAAUGAUUUUAAGAACAUAUACAAUCUGCUUACUAAAAAACGUGGUUUCCUCAUCUCUUUUUUUAAUCUGAAAUAGGGUCUAAAGAGAGUAAGGAAAAAUAGGUUAGAAUUAAUGAGAUUUGGUGGAUUCAUGAUUUUUCUUUUGGUAUCUUAUUUAUUUUAUAUGGUCGAUGAUUUCACACCAAUAGUCCCAGAUUACAUUUUCUUUGGAAUUACUUUACUUUUUUUUAUUUUAAUUGUUUGUUCUAAUCCUGGCUAUUAAAUUAGAAGACAAGAACCACUCUAUACUUUAAUUACAGCCUUUAAUCACCAAGACAUAUGUCCAAUUUGUAACGUUGUAAAAUUACCAAGAAGUAAGCAUUGCGACAUUUGCCAAAGAUGUGUUUUGAUUUAUGAUCAUCACUGCCCUUGGAUUAAUAAUUGUGUUGGUGCAGAGAAUCAUUUGAUUUUCAUUUCCUUUUUAAUUUCAUUGGAAGCAUCACUUAUUUAUGCUCUAUUCAGAACGAUAUCCUAAUGUUUUGUAGGUAAUUAGAAUGAAUUGGAAUUCUUUGAUGAACCUUUAAUAUUUUGGGCAAUCUUAUCUAUCAAUAUUUUAAUCGAAAUUAUUUUUGCAUUGGGAAUCACACUUCUUCUUGUGACUUAGAUCUAUAACAUUUUUCUAGGUAAGACUACUUUCGAGAGAUUUGCAGUUCAAAAUUAAAAUUCUACUAUGAGAUCAGUCACAGCCGAUUCAAAUAAAAGUUCAUUAAUUGAAGAUGAUUUACCCUCUUAAAAAAAAGAUCGAUUCGUUCGAUGUUCAUGUAAAAAUCUCUUCAAUUUCCUAACAAAUGGAGCAACCUAGAGAAAAAAAGAACAAGCUAUAAGAUUUUGA